GCUGACCUCCUCCUCCUCUCCAGCAGCGAACCCCAUGGGUUGUGCUACAUAGAGACCGCGGAGCUGGAUGGAGAGACCAACAUGAAGGUGCGGCAGGCCAUCCCCGUCACCUCGGAGCUGGGUGACACCAACAAGCUGGCUCGGUUUGACGGCGAGGUGAUCUGUGAACCCCCCAACAACAAGCUGGACAAGUUUGGCGGGACGCUGUACUGGAAGGAGAACAAGCAUCCCCUGAGCAACCAGAACAUGCUGCUGCGGGUGAGGAACACCGAGUGGUGCUUCGGCCUCGUCAUCUUUGCAGGGCCGGACACAAAACUGAUGCAGAACAGUGGCCGGACCAAGUUCAAGCGGACGAGCAUCGAUCGGCUGAUGAACACGCUGGUGCUCUGGAUCUUCGGGUUCCUGGUGUGCAUGGGGGUGAUCCUGGCCAUCGGCAACGCCAUCUGGGAGCAUGAGGUGGGCGUCUGCUUCCAGAUCUACUUGCCCUGGGACGAGGGGGUGCACAGUGCCUUCUUCUCCGGCUUCCUCUCCUUCUGGUCCUACAUCAUCAUCCUCAACACUGUGGUGCCCAUCUCGCUCUACGUGAGGUAG